UGUGCGCGCGUGCCCUUGUGCAUGUGUGUCCUGAUUAGAUGACGUGUGCUAGCAGUCCCCCCUAUAUCAUCUGGUCCAGAUGUGCGCUUCCAGUUGCAGACAACUCACUUUCAGAGCAGACUGUCACUUCUGGGAUCCAGACACAAUCAAUAGCAGACAUGAACGCAAAAUACGCCAUCGCCUUGAUCCUGGCUCUGCAGGUUUCCAUGAGCCUGUGCGAAGUUCCUGCACCAGACCAGGAGCUUGUGGAUAAAGUAAUCGACAUGAGGACUACCUUCCUCAAGCGCCUGGUCAAUUUUUACGGCAAGAUGCAGUCUGUUGCUGCCCCCGUCAUUGAAAAACUGGGGGAAGGAGACAACGGCAAGGCAGUCAAAGAGUUCUUUGAAGGUCUUCAGACCAAACCAGAGCUUCAGGCCAUCGCCAAGGUUUCCGGGGGUAUUGCUGAAGAGAUCACCCCCCUUGUGGACAAGGCCCGUUUAAGCAUUCUGGGCCUGUACGGACACUACGCGCGCCCAUACGUUGGCCAGUUCCUGAGCGACCAGAUCGACAUUACUAAGAAGUUCCUUGACAUUUUCUUGCCUGCAGAGUAAAUGGCGAUGUCGGCUUUUCCCAGAAACUUGAUGGAGACCGCACAGUGCUUCAACCAAAAAAGAGCACAGAGCAUUAUUUCACGUCAUCAAAAACUCUCCAACCCCAUCCACACCAGUUGUACUCAGAGUUUGCAAGAUGUUUGUGUUCGUUACACCAACAGUAGUCUUUGAAUGAAUGUGAAUGUUUGUUUCUGUGAGUGUGUGCAAUAAAAGGAACAGGAACAAAAAAAA